AUGGCUCUGGAGUCCCCCACGAACGAGUACGCAGCAUCAGCAGCGACGGAGUCGGGCGCCGCGGCGUCCCUUCCCCUCGGCGCCCUUGAAAACGUGCUGCCGUCCUCCGACCUGGAGAAGGGCGGCAGCGAGGGGGGGAGCGGCUCGCUCAGUGCAAUCGACGUGCUGUCGCGGAAUCCCGUGGCGCGCUUCUUCAACCGCAUCGUGCCCCGCGGCGGCUCGCUGGCCGGCAUGUUCAACCUCGCAAGCGUGACGCUCGGCGCCGGCAUCAUUUCGAUCCCCUCCGCCUUCAACACCUCCGGCAUGGCCAUGGCGGUGACGUAUCUCGUGGUGGUGACGGCGCUGACGGUGUUCUCCAUCAUGCUUCUCGUCUCGGCGUCGGAGCGGACGGGAUUCCGCAGCUUUGAGAGUAUGGCGCGCGGCCUGCUGGGGCGCGGGGCGGACUACGCAGUGGCGUUUCUCAUGUGGCUGUUGUGCUUUGGUGGGGCGGUCGGCUACGUGGUGGCGGUGGGCGACGUGCUGCGCCCCAUCCUCGCUCAUGCGGGGGUGCCGGAGUACCUGCAAACAGACAGCGGGCGGCGUGUGCUGGUGAGCUGCAUCUGGAUCCUCUUCAUGUUCCCGCUGGUGCUGCCGAAGCAUGUGAACUCGCUGCGCUACGCCUCGGCCAUCGGUGUGCUGUUCAUACUGUUCUUUGUCUUCUGCGUCGUGGUGCACUCCGCGCAGAAGAUCGCACGUGACGGUGGCCUCCGCCCAGAUCUCAUUAUGGUGCGCCCGGGCAACAGCGCCGUCUCGGGGCUUUCGCUCUUCAUGUUUGCGUAUCUGUGCCAGGUGAACUGCUUCAAGAUCUACCACGAGAUGGCGUCGCGUUCUGUGGCACACAUGACCCGGGAUGCUGCGCUGAGUUGUGGUAUUUGCUGCCUCCUUUACUUUUUAAUUGGAUUUUUUGGCUACGCUGAGUUUGGGCCCGAGGUGGAAGGAUCUAUUUUGAAAUAUUUUGAUCCUUAUGCAUCCCCUGUUUUCUUUGUGUGUUACUUUGGUCUUAUUGUCAAAUUGUGUGCUGCCUUUUCGCUGAAUAUGUUGGCUUGCCGAACUGCACUCUUCCAGAUCUUGCACUGGGAUGUGGUAGCCAUGCCGUACUGGAAGCAUAGCAUCUUCAGUGUUUUGUUUGCUGUUGGCGCGCUCGUGUUUGGCCUUUUCGUCCCGGACAUUAAUAUUGUGUUUGGGCUUGUGGGGGCAUUCUGUGGCGGUUUCAUUGGCUUCGUUUUCCCAUCGCUUUUCAUGAUGUACUCUGGUGGAUGGUCACGCCAGUCCGUGGGGUGGGUGCAGUACCUGCUGACGUACUUUCUCCUCCUGGCGGGUGUGGUGGCGAUUGUGUUUGGCACAGGUAGCUCUAUAUACUCCACAGUGCAGAAGUACAUCUGA